UACCCAUUUCACUGUUUCCAAGAGCGCAGCGUCGCACCAUGACACUCCACUGGACUUAAGCAAUAAGGAUUUCCGUCUUUACGCACUAAAACUGACGCUCACCGCUUUAUUUACUAAGAAAAAAAAGUUUGCCAAAAGUUUUCCAAGAUGCCACGCUCUUUUCUGGUCAAGAAACACAUAAACUCCGCAAAGAAGCCAAAUUAUAGUGAGCUGGACAGCCCAACAGUGUUCAUCACGCCGCACAUCUACAAGGGCCUACCCCUGUCGGUUAUCCCGCAGCCGGAGAUCCUGAGCUCGGCAGCGUACAGCCCCAUCACAGUGUGGACUACCAGCAACUUGCCGCUGUCUCCCCUCCCCAGUGACCUCUCCCCCAUCUCUGGAUACCCCUCAUCGCUCUCCGACACCUCCUCUAAAGACCACAGCGGCUCUGAAAGCCCGAGGAGUGAUGAAGACGAGCAAAUGCUGCCUAAGCUGACAGACCCUCACGGAGUGGAGGCAGAGAAAUUCCAAUGCAGCUUGUGUAGCAAAUCCUACUCCACGUACUCUGGACUUCUCAAGCAUAAACAGCUGCACUGCGACGCCCAAACGAGGAAAUCUUUCAGUUGUAAAUACUGCGAGAAGGAGUACGUUAGCCUGGGAGCUCUCAAAAUGCACAUCAGGACUCACACCUUGCCGUGUGUUUGCAAAAUAUGCGGGAAAGCGUUCUCCAGACCGUGGCUGCUCCAAGGACACAUCAGGACGCACACCGGAGAGAAGCCCUUCUCGUGCCCUCACUGCAACAGGGCGUUCGCAGACAGGUCCAACCUCAGGGCUCACCUACAGACCCAUUCGGAUGUGAAAAAAUACCAAUGCAAGAACUGCUCCAAAACCUUCUCCAGGAUGUCUCUUCUGCACAAGCAUGAGGAAUCUGGUUGUUGUGUAGCACACUGAACUGGGAUACUUUUCCACCGCCAGAAAAACCCCCUCCUCUGUUUCUUCUUCAUUUUUUUCCAAGUCCAGGAGAACUGUCAGGGAAUCACGCCGAGAGGGGUUUGUUCGCAAAUAUGCAGACUUUUUUUGUUCGUUUUUUUUUUUUUUUCUGCUACAACCGGCCUAUUUCAUUUCAGAGUGAGAAAUAGCUCUCACAUGCUUCUCGUUUCAAGCAGUGUUUCUGUGAUUGCAAUCAGUGUCGAGCUUUGUCACACCAUGUACUCACCUACCUGUGCUAUUCAUGCACUUUUCUGCAUGUCUAGAAAGUUUUAUAUGCCUUCACAAUGUUAUCUUCAGUGUUUGUACCAAUGUCUUUCAAUGGCUGUUAUGCAGUCCUCCACUUUUUUUUUUUUUUUUUAUACAAGUGAUACCAAAUGGUGCAUUACAAAUGGCAGUAUAACUAUAACCAGUGGAAUACUGAAGCCAUUGUUACAUGUAGGGAACAAGCGCAAACUUUAAUUUAGGGUGAACUAUUAUACGUUUUGCACAGUGUUUAGGAACAGCACUCAAAUAGCAAUACAAGUCGUCUCAAGUGCCUCAGUUUUACUCAGCAAUAAUACGUAUUUCUCAACAACAGGUUCCUUUUAUAUUUUUAUAUAUUGAAUGUAAGUGUGACUGAGAUGAUUGUAUAUCAACAGUAGAAAGCUGUGAUGCUGAAUGAUUUUUUUUUUGAUAUUUUCAUAUUAUCAUGACACUUUUUUUACAAAAAAAAAAAAAAUAAAGUUUCAUGACGUUUUUGUAUACUUCCUUUGG